AGAGAGCGAGCGAGCGAGCGAUCGGGCGGGCGCUGCCGGGAGCCCGCAGCCCUGGCGCCGGCCGCCGACCAGAUCCCCGCAAUAUGCCUCCGCGGCCCUCUGGCUCUCGGCCAUGGCAAGACUCUGCCGGCGCGUCCCUUGCACCCUGCUUCUCGGCCUAGCUGCGGUGCUGCUAAAGGCACAGCUGGUCCCCGCGGCCGCCAGAGCCGAACUCAGCCGCUCGGACCUCAGCCUCAUUCAACAACAGCAGCAGCAGCAGCAGCAAAAGCAGCGGGAGGAGGCUGAGGAGGAGAAGCCAGAGGUGCCCGGGGCAUCUUCUACCUUGACCAUUCCAGUGUCUGUAUUUAUGCUAAAAGUUCAGGUGAAUGACAUCAUCAGUCGUCAAUACCUGAGUCAAGCAGUUGUUGAAGUAUUUGUAAACUACACGAAGACAAAUUCCACAGUAACUAAAAACAAUGGAGCAGUGUUGAUAAAAGUUCCCUAUAAAUUAGGCCUCAGCUUAACCAUUAUUGCUUACAAAGAUGGCUACGUGUUGACUGCUUUGCCUUGGAAGACUGGAAGAAUGCCAAUUUAUUCAUCAAUUACACUUUCACUGUUCCCACAAAGCCAAGCAAAUAUAUGGCUAUUUGAAGACACUGUUUUGAUCACUGGAAAAUUAGCUGAUGCCAAAUCUCAACCAAGUGUUCAGUUUUCAAAAGCCUUAAUUAAACUUCCUGACAACCAUCAUAUUAGCAACGUUACCGGCUUUCUUACAGUUCUACAACAAUUUUUGAAAGUGGACAAUUUUCUGUAUACCACUGGAAUUACUCUCAAUAAACCAGGUUUUGAAAAUAUUGAACUGACUCCUCUUGCUGCAGUAUGUGUGAAAAUAUAUUCUGGAGGAAAAGAAUUAAAGGUGGAUGGCUCCAUUCAAGUUUCUCUUCCCCUUUUACAUACAAAUGAUAUAAAUGUGGGGGAUCGAAUACCUGCUUGGACAUUUGAUAUGAACACAGGUGCUUGGGUAAACCAUGGCCGGGGAAUGGUCAAAGAAUAUAACAAUCACUUAAUUUGGACUUAUGAUGCACCACAUUUGGGCUACUGGAUAGCAGCUCCACUUCCAGGAACUAGAGGUUCAGGUCUGAAUGAGGAUUCCAAGGACAUAACUGCCUAUCACACAGUGUUUCUUACAGCCAUAUUAGGAGGAACAAUAGUUAUUGUCAUUGGAUUUUUUGCUGUACUACUUUGUUAUUGCAGGGAUAAGUGUGUUACUCCACAGAAAAGAGAAAGAAAUAUCACUAAACUGGAGGUCCUCAAAAGAGAUCAGACAACUUCAACAACACACAUAAAUCAUAUAAGUUCAGUUAAAGUUGCUUUAAAAGCUGAGGACAAGUCACAGUUAUACAAUGCCAAAAACUCCUCCUACAGCCCUCAGAAAAAAGAACCAUCAAAGGCAGAAGCAGAUGAAAGAGUUUCCAUGGUAAAAACCCGGGACAACUUCAAAAUCUACAAUGAAGAUGUUUCAUUUCUAUCAGUCAAUCAAAAUAAUUACUCAAGAAACCCAACACAGUCUUUGGAGCCCAAUGUUGGGACCAAACAAUCAAAACAUAUCAGCAACAAUCUAUCUUCAUCGUUAGGUGAUGCUCAAGAGGAAAAGAGGUAUCUUACAGGUGAUGAGGAGGGGUAUGGGCGUUCCCACAUUCCUGAGCAGCUUAUGCAUAUCUAUAGCCAGCCCAUAGCCAUCCUUCAAACAUCUGAUCUUUUCCCUACUUCAGAGCAGUUACAUGCUGCUAAGUCAGCCACUUUGCCAAGAAAGGGCCAGUUAGUCUAUGGCCAACUGAUGGAACCAGUAAACAGAGAGAACUUUACGCAGACAUUGCCCAAAAUGCCAAUGCAUUCCCAUACACAGACCCCAGAUGCCAGGGAAGAGGAUAUUGUCCUUGAAGGUCAACAGAGCUUGCCUUCUCAGACCUCAGAUUGGAGCCGCUAUUCCAACAGCUUGCUGGAAUCUGUCUCUGUUCCUGGAACACUGAAUGAAGCUGUUGUAAUGACUCCAUUUUCAUCGGAACUUCAAGGGAUUUCAGAACAGACCCUCCUGGAGCUGUCCAAAGGAAAGCCCUCUCCCCAUCCCCGAGCAUGGUUUGUGUCUCUUGAUGGAAAGCCAGUAGCACAAGUAAGGCACUCCUUUAUAGACCUGAAAAAGGGCAAGAGAACCCAGAGCAAUGAUACGAGUCUAGACUCUGGGGUGGACAUGAAUGAGCAUCACUUGAGUAGAAAGCUUGAGAGGGAGAAAACAUUCAUCAAAAGCAUGCAUCAGCCCAAGAUCCUGUACUUAGAAGAUUUAGACCUGAGCAGCAGCGAGAGUGGCACCACUGUCUGCUCCCCAGAAGACCCGGCUUUAAGGCACAUCUUAGAUGGAGGGAGUGGGGUUAUUAUGGAGCACCCUGGGGAAGAAUCUCCAGGAAGAAAAAGCACUGCUGAAGAUUUUGAAGCCAAUAUAUCUCCCACUAAAAGACGGGGCAGACCACCGCUAGCCAAAAGAGAUAGCAAGACUAACAUCUGGAAGAAGCGAGAGGAGCGCCCCCUAAUUCCCAUCAAUUAGCUCCAAAGGUGGUUGUGUCUCUGCUGUCUUGUGCUGUGCGUUCUUGCUUCUUGUUAUAAACUGCAGUAUGAACUUCUUAAGAAGUUGAGACUGGGUGACCUCUUCUUGGCCCUGGACAUGCCCUGAGCAGAGUAAAUAGUAAAAUGAUAAUUCAGUAAUCAGAGGGAAUGAUGUUGAGGAAUGCCUUUUCUGGCCUAUUUUCUGUAAUUUUGAGUGAUGAAUUUAAAGUAUCCAAGCUUUCAAGGUGUAAAAUAGUGUCAAGAUGUUAGUAUCUGAAAAUGUUAGCCAAUUUGGUACUGACUCUUAAGAUAGUAAAACAUGUACUUCUAAAGCUGUUCCCCAAAUUGUCACCUCUGCCUUGGUGACUGCCCCAUGGAUCCCUUAGAAAUGAAACUGUCUUCUUCAGGCAUCACCCCUGUAAAAUGUCACUAUGAUGUCCUUCUCUGCCUGCACUCAAAAGCCACCACAUAAACAUUUUCACUGAUGUUAUUGUAGAGACUAGAGAACAUUUUCUUUUUUGAGAUAAAUAGCAUGUAUAUUGUGUCAUCCCCAAAGUAAAUCCUACACUCAUGGAAGAUGGGCAAGAAGCUUCUUGGUCCUUGGAGAGGGGAAGUGCCAACGUUUUGGAUAUAACUUCACAUAAUAAAUCAAAGUUACAUAGAAAUUUGAGAAAUGAAAGCUCUGAUAACUGAAUUUGAAUUUUAAGGUUUCUUAUUUUUUUUCCUUAAAAAUGAAGUAGACUUAGAUAUCAAUUUUUUUCCAAUCUGGAAAAAAAAAUCUAUUACUUUAGUUUAAGGCUCACUGAUAACAUGGAGGCUCAAAUGAGUUUUAUUUCUUUUAUUCUAAAAAUCCAAACUCAGUCACUUAAGGCUAUAAAACUUGAUUUUAAAAUGAUAUAAUUUUUUUUAAAGUAACAAAAUGUGCAGAGAAAAAUAAUCGUUUUGUGUCAAUGAGCAGAAAAAGAAAUGCCAUUUUCCUGAGGCUAAAAAAAAAUAUCUUCAGGAUAU